UUUUGAUGUAUUCAUAUUUUUAGAGCCAACGGAAUAAUUUUUGACAAAAAUUUAUAAAAAGUUCAAGAUAUUUUAAAACAAGUUAAAAAUAUAUAAACAUUUUCAAGUUACAUAUAUUAUUUAAGCAGUCCAAAAUGGAUAAUGAAGAAAUAAUUUCCGAUGAAUCUUUGUCGGAUAGAUCAACCACAGAUGUAGAAGAAGUAGCGUCCACAACGUAUCAUAAACGAAAGAAACAAGUUGUCAUUCGACGUAAAAACAAAUUUAGUGAUAGUUGGAAAAAUAAAUUUAGUUGGGUAACAAGAACUAACAAGGAAUCCAUGGCCAAAUGCAUCGUUUGUGGUAUAUGUUUUUCAAUUGCAAAUAGCGUUAUUACAGGUAUCAAGCGCCAUAUGAAGACAGCAAAACAUAUGCGGAAUUUAGGAAGCUAUCAACAAAAACCUGUAAGUCGUUUUUUCAACAAUAGUUCGAAUAAAGAAACACAAGGAGCAACAGAGGCAAGUUCAAUGGCAGAGGCAGCUUUUGUCUAUCAUACCAUCACACAUAGCCACAGCUACCAAUCCGCAGAUUGCAGUAAUUAGCUUUUUAAACAAAUGUUUCCAGACUCAAAUGUAGCUUCUACUUUUACAUGUGGUAAAACAAAGUUGUCGAAGAUCGCUACUAACAUUUUGGCUAAGUAUUCUAUUGAAACCGUACUUAAGGACUUGAAUGAUGAUCACCCUUUUUCUAUAUCAACCGAUGCGUCAAACAAAGGAAAUAUUAAAACAUUUCCAAUUGUUCUCCGAUACUUUUCUAAGCAUACGGGAGUAAAUAAAAAACUUUUGAACUUUUAUGAGUCAAAUUCGGAAAUGUCAAAAGAUAUUUUAUGGAUACAUAGCCGAAACUGUUUGCAGUAACUGUAGUAACACACAAGAGGUUUCUUUAUUUAAAAAACGAGCUGACGCAGUCUUAUCAUAUGUAAUUAAAUAUAUUGAAGAUCGAUUUGAUUUAAACAAUAACAAAUUUGAAAAACUAAGUAUUUUCAACAUGAAUUCAAACAUUUUAUUUCAAGAUUUUACUGAAGUUGUAAAAUUGUUCUCAAUUAAAAAUAUUGAUAUGGAUAUCCUAUUUGAUGAAUUUAUUAGUUUGAAAACUUUUGCUAAAAACGUAGAAACAGAAAAAGCUGUUGACGAAAAAUGGAAAGACUUUUUAAACAGUGGAAACUUUCCAAAUUUUGAAAAAAUUUUAUUUUUUCAAUACCCCAUUCAAAUGCCGCCACUGAAGGAUUUUCAGUCUGAUGUUUUUAUUUUGGAGGAAGGAGAGGAAUAGACUAUUGAUUGAAAACUUAGAAAGUGAGUUAAUUAUAAAAACAAACAAUGAAUUUUACAAUUUUUUAAAAACGGAAGAUGGAAAAAAUGGUAUU